UUGAGCUUUGAAAUGAAUUCCACCAGAUUGGCGCUGCGGUCGCGUCCUAUCUUUCCCAUGUAUUCCUUGCCAGCCAACUCAAAAGGGGGCGUAGCAUUCGUCUCCCCCAGGCUGCAAGAAAUUUGCAAUUUAGUGGUGACGGGUAGUAGAAAUGCGAGUGUGUGCCGGAGUCCGCGAUUCAUUGUUCUCCAUCGCAUUAAUUUCAUUCUAGGCCGAGAAAACUUUUUACCGACACCAAUCUGUUUUGGCAUCGACGUCGAGUCUGCAGUGUCGUCAUCAAUAAAGAGACAAAAGCCAAAAGGACAAGGAGAAGGAAAGUGCACACCCACUCGACUAGUAUUAUCGAUCCGUUUCACGAAAAUUUAACGCUAUCCGAGUACGCCAUGUUUUCCCCGUGAGACAUCAUUGUUGUUUCUUUUUCAACAUUGUUUACUCUGACCUAUGGAUACGCAGUAGUACCAGAAGAGCUUAUCUGCGCACCAUGGUCACAUGGACUAAGUGAGACCACAAGAGUUGACGAGACGACCUUCGAGUUGGCGACUAAAACGCUAAGCAUCAGGAUGACUGAGGAGGUUGGGGACUUUGAGUACAACUCCAACGACCUCAUCGGUCAUGGGGCCUUUGCCGUCGUCUUCAAAGGACGAAAACGAAAGGGUGCACCGUGUGUAGUGGCAAUUAAAAGGAUUACCAAGAAGAAUUUGGCUAAAUCGCAGAACCUGCUCGGCAAGGAGAUAAAAAUUUUGAAGGAAUUGACCGAACUGCAUCAUGAUAAUGUGGUGGCACUCUUGGACUGCAAGGAGACUGCAACUUAUGUCUACCUUGUGAUGGAGUAUUGCAACGGAGGUGACUUGGCAGAUUAUCUUAAUGUGAAGGGAACUCUCAGCGAGGAUACCACUCGAUUGUUCCUGCGGCAGCUGGCUGGCGCAAUGAAGGCGCUCCAUGCCAAGGGCAUUGUGCACCGAGACUUAAAGCCACAGAACAUCCUGCUCAGUCACAACAUCACAUGCGCAAAGUCUUGUCCGCAACCUCAUGAAAUAAGACUCAAAAUUGCUGACUUUGGCUUUGCAAGAUUUCUGCAAGAUGGAGUUAUGGCAGCCACUCUUUGCGGAUCUCCAAUGUACAUGGCCCCGGAGGUGAUAAUGUCAUUACAAUAUGACGCCAAAGCCGAUCUGUGGAGUUUAGGCACUAUAGUUUUUCAAUGCCUGACUGGAAAAGCUCCAUUCCAGGCGCAAACACCUCAAGCCCUCAAGCUGUACUAUGAGAAAAAUGCCAACCUUGCACCAAAAAUCCCGUUGGGCACAUCACAGGAGUUAUCUGACCUUCUGAUGGGUCUGUUGAAGCGCAAUGCCUGCGACAGGAUGGACUUCGACCACUUCUUUGACCACACAUUUUUGAAUAAAGGUACAUGUUCAGCUGGCAGCCCAAAAAGUGUAACAGCCCCUAUGGCUGUUCCUGCAAGGAAGCAGACCUCUCCGAUGUCUAUGACUCAGGGCAUUUCUGCCGGGAGUCCUUCUUCCAACAACACAACACCUUCAUCAAGUCCCAUUCCAGGCCAUUUGCCGCCAUCACCAGGAUCGCUUUUGUAUCAAGACGUGGCUAAAAGUCCUACUCAUCAUAACAGAGGCGAAGAACUAUGCAUUUCCCCCUCUUCUAUUGUCUCAAUGACGGCCACUACCACAGGACAAAAUUUAAGUAUUUCUCUUGGUCAUGAUGAUUUUGUUUUGGUCUCCAACCACAUCGUGUACGAAGAAAAUCCUAGUGAGAUCAGCAGCGUAACAUUGGCAAGAAAAUCUGGUACUGAAUUUUCUGACUUUGCUUCAAGAAGUCCAAAGUCCGGUUUCCACAAAGCAUGCUUCACGCAAUCCAGUCCUCCCAGGCCUAGUUUUCUGCCUGUCAGCGAGCAGUCAGGAGCUUCAAAUUCUGUGCCAAGAGACAGCAAAGAUGGUACCAAGCCCAUUCCAGUACCAACACAAAGAAAUGCUUACCAGCAAAUCCAUGGCAUUCACCGGUCUGACAACAACAAUGUGGAAAGCAGCACUGAAAACAUAACCUUAAAUUCUGUGCCAAGAUCUCGUCCUAUCAGCAUGAGACGGCAAAGUGAGCAGAUGAAUAAUGCAGAAAUCAACUCUAUUUCGCCACCUGCUGUACAGUUCACAAUGGGCACCCCACCAGGUGCAGGUCGUCAUCGCUCAGCUUCUGGCAGCUCUUGCGGAACCCCACCACCUGUCACUACAUGGCAGGUGUCUCCUGUCACUCAUUAUGCUGUCCUUGCAUCCUCAGGUCGGCACGGAACGCCUAAUAGUUCCCCAAUGCGUCGCUCCGGAGUGAGUUCGUCACCUCUUUUGUUUGCACAAGGAGCGACUGGGCUGCCACCUAUUCUGGGGUCUCCCACCAGAAUCCAGGCGGCUGGAUUUGACAAUGCAUGCUACCAGGGAGGUGACAGGUGCGGAAAUUUGCCUUCAGACUGGAUGCUCCUCUCGCCUUUUGUGGCAAGAGCGGUCACCCUUCCUGAUUUGACGACAACUGAAAAUGAAUCGCAGAGGAGGCCCAACUGUGGUUUGUUCCCAGACCAGAGUGAUGUUUUUGGUGAGUCUUCUCCACAAGCAGGUGCAGCAGCUGUAGAAGGUCCUAUCACAUUUAUUGCUCCGGAACUGCCGGAGGAGACACUUUUAGAGAGAGAGCACAAUGAGACUUUAGCAAAACUGAAUUUUGUCCUGGCUCUGGUGGAUUGCGUAAUUGAGCUAGCUCGUUCCCGUGCCACCCCUUUGCAAGGACUGGCUGAAAGCGUGGCCAUGCCCCAAGCAGGGUCUCCUGGGUCACCAGGACAGGGCAAUCAAUGCACUGACGGACAGCGUAGAGCAGAGCAGUUGGUUCUGCUGGUGCGUGCUCUGCAGCUGCUAUCCUCAGGCCUCAAUUUGGCCAACCAGGAACUCAAAGCAGGACGUCUGCAACCGUCAUUCACUGUGAAAAAUGUCGUAUCCAAGUUAAAUGAGAAGUUCCACUACUGCCUGACCACAUGCAAACAACUUAACAUGCCCAGCUUGCUUCAAAGAGCAGGAGUUGAUCCCAACACUAGUAUCACAGCAGACAGAAUUCUUUAUAAUUAUGCGAUAGAAAUGUGUCAGUCAGCCGCCUUAGAUGAACUAUUUGGAAAUCCUCAGGACUGUUUCCAUCGGUAUCAAACUGCUCAGAUUUUACUGCACAGUCUGUCGCAGCAAGUCCAACACGACCAUGAUAAAGCACUUCUAUCAAAAUACAAAGACGCAGUCGAGAAAAGACUGUUUGUCCUUCAGCAGCAAGGCUACAUUUACGCUUACGACUCGGCCUGAUUGGUGCUCUUGGCGUGGUUGCUUGGAGCUGGACCAAACAAAUUGCCAGUUCCAAAUCUUACGAUGUCAACUUCGCCAAGAAAAAUAUAAAGAAGUGCAUUGAUACGAAACAAUUUUGUCAUGUAUAUUUGAGAACUCUUAACAGUCCAGUUCAUUAUUGAAAUAUCUCCAUGUUAUAAAAAAAAUAGCUCUAAAUUGUCACGUGCUUCUGAUGCAAAAAAAAAUACAUAAUAAUAAAAUGCCAUCUAAAAAAAUAAAUGUGGAUUCAGAAAAUUUAGCAGCUAACAAUUAAUAAUAAAAAUCAUCGAGAUUGUCCUCUGGCUCUGGAAUUUCAGUAACGAGUAGACAUAACUUUGUCCUCACUUGACCCACUUGAAGUCACAUUACAGUUUAUUUUCAAUAAAUUUGUUAAAUACCAGUUUCAGUGCCCAAUGUGCACAUACUUGAUGCUUAUAUCAGUCAGAAGCAAAAUAUAAUAACCCGCACAUACACUCACACACACUUAACUGUCCUAAAUAGCUGGAUUUAUUGAAAGAAAAAUGAAACUAAUAGCAUAAUAACGACUUGCAUGUUAAGAAUUUUGAAUGCACAAUGCUUUUAAAGCCGCUCCACACUCCAGAUAUGCUUCUAUUGAUUUUGAUGCCCUCAAGUGUGUUAACGGAUUCUGGCCGUGAUAAUCUAGUGGUUAGGAGUUACGACA